AGAGACCAUUUCUUCACUUGUUCUUCCUUCCCCCUCGGGUCUAUGUAGAUCUGCAAAUUUCUCUUUUCUUAUACACAAUUGAACAUAUCAUCAUCACAAUCAUCCGCAUCAGAUCGUAGCUUGAAAAUGGUGCUGGUCACGGCCGUACGGGAUUACUUAAACCGGAUGUUGCAGGACAUCUCCGGCAUGAAGGUUCUCAUCCUCGAUUCCCACACGGUUAGUAUAGUGAGCGUGGCGUAUUCGCAAUCCGAGCUUCUGCAGAAAGAAGUGUUUUUGGUGGAAUUGGUUGAUUCCAUUUCCAAGUCCAGAGAAUCCAUGUCGCAUCUCAAAGCUGUUUACUUUCUUGCACCCACUUCAGAGAACAUACAGUUUUUGCGCCGGCACUUGGUUUCUCCUCGAUUUGGGGAGUAUCACCUCUUUUUCUCCAACAUAUUGAAGGAUACCCAGAUUCAUAUUUUAGCUGAUUCAGAUGAGCAUGAAGUUGUGCAGCAGCUUCAGGAGUUCUAUGCAGACUUUGUUGCAACUGAUCCUUACCAUUUCACUUUGAACAUGCCAUCAAAUCACAUGUAUAUGCUCCCAGCAGUUGUAGAUCAUUCAAAUUUACAGCGCUUCUGUGAUCGGGUAGUUGAUGGAAUUGCAGCUGUUUUUUUGGCAUUAAAACGAAGACCAGUUAUUCGUUAUCAGAGAACAUCUGAUAUUGCUAAAAGGAUUGCGCAGGAAACAGCAAAGCUGAUGUACCAGCAGGAAAGUGGACUUUUUGAUUUCAGACGAACAGAAAUUUCUCCGUUGUUGCUGGUAAUUGAUAGGAGGGAUGAUCCUGUGACCCCGUUGCUGAAUCAAUGGACCUAUCAGGCUAUGGUUCACGAAUUGAUUGGUAUUCAAGACAACAAAGUCGACUUAAGAAACAUUGGAAAAUUUCCGAAGGAUCAAGAGGAGGUUGUGCUGUCAUCAGAGCAAGGCUUUUUCAAAAAGAACAUGUAUGAGAACUUUGGUGAUAUUGGGAUGAACAUCAAGCAGUUGGUUGAUGAAUUUCAGCAAAUUUCAAAAAGUAACCAGAACAUUCAGACUAUAGAGGACAUGGCCAAGUUUGUUGACAAUUACCCUGAGUACAGAAAGAUGCAUGGAAAUGUUUCAAAGCAUGUGGCACUGGUAACAGAAAUGAGUAAGCUAGUUGAAGAGCGAAAACUUAUGGUAGUGUCACAGACAGAACAGGAGUUGGCUUGCAACGGUGGGCAGGUGGCAGCUUUUGAGGCGGUGACAAAUCUAUUAAACAAUGAAAGUGUAUCUGACAUUGACCGCUUACGUCUUGUCAUGCUGUAUGCUUUACGCUAUGAGAAGGAGAGUCCUGUGCAACUAAUGCAGUUAUUUAACAAACUGUCAUCCAAGUCUCCCAAGUACAAACCUGGGCUUGUCCAGUUUCUCUUGAAGCAAGCGGGUGUGGAUAAACGAACUGGGGAUCUUUAUGGAAAUCGAGAUUUCUUAAACAUCGCACGUAACAUGGCUCGUGGGCUGAAGGGGGUUGAGAAUGUGUACACACAACACCAGCCUCUUCUCUUCCAAACUAUGGAAAGCAUUACCAAGGGACGGCUGAGAGAUGUGGAUUACCCAUUUGUGGGAAAUCAUUUCCAGCAGGGCAGGCCUCAAGAAGUGGUCAUUUUCAUUGUUGGGGGGACAACAUACGAGGAGUCUCGUUGUGUAGCUUUACAAAAUUCUAUGAAUACUGGAAUUCGUUUUAUACUUGGUGGUUCUGUGAUUCUCAAUUCUAAAAGGUUCUUGAAGGACUUGGAAGAAGCUCAGAGAAUCGCUCGUACUAGCAAUGCCAUCUGAGUGUUGGUUUCUUGUAUAGCCUAGCAUUUGAAUAGCGAUGUGGAUAAGUGGUCGUGGAUGUGUAUGGGUGUUCUGUUUUUCACUUGCUGUAAUAUCAAAAAUUGCUACACGUGCUUGGGGGAUCAUCCGAAUCAACCCUCUGUUACUGCAGGACGUCCUUUUGUUUACCAUUUUGUUGGAGUUAGAACUGAAGGAAGACGUAUCCCAUAAAUUUGGAGGCUAAGAUCCAUAGCAGUUCAGACCCUCCCUCCGAGAAGAACCGGUGAGAAGAACCAUUUUUUUCUGCUAACCAAGCCAGAUAUCCCUAGAGCUGAACUAACAUAACGUGUACUUCUAUGCCUUGGUAAAAACAUGUCAAUACCUAAAUCUCUCUUUUUCUUUUAUACAUAUAGCUUGUAUUCAUGCAAGUACUUGUGAUAUUGUGAGAAACAAAGUCUAGAUUUACUGUA